AUGAACCGUCUUCAACGGUUCGUCGAUGAGAACGACAAUCUCAUCAGUCUCGUCAAGAAGCUCCCCGAGAAGCUCCAUCACAACAUCAUGGUUCACUUCGGUAAAAUUACGUUUUUUCCAGGUCGGUUGAUUCACACCAACGAGUGUUUGGUGUUUUUGGGAGAGAACUACUAUACGGACAGAACAUCGAAGCAGACAGUUGAUGUUUUGAGGAGAAGAGACAAGACUUUACAGUCUCAGAUUCAUUCACUUAAAGCUGAGAUUGAUGACUUUCAAACGGAGGCUUCGUUCUUUGCUAACACUGCUUUAGAAGCAGCGGAAGGAGUUCUUGAGAUUAGAGAAGAGUAUGAAAAAGAAGAAGAAGAUUCUGGAACUGUGUUUCAGCCAGUCGAUCAAGGGAUGAAGAGGGCUAUGCACGCUGGUCUUGAGAGAAGGGACCUCUUCGUGACCUCCAAGCUUUGGUGUACAGAGUUGUCCCCUGAGAGAGUGCGUCCUGCUCUGCAAAAUACCCUUCAGGAGCUUCAGUUAGACUACCUUGAUCUUUACCUGCCUUUCAGGCUAAGAGAAGGAGCGAGUAAGCCACCAAAAGCAGGGGACGUCCUUGAGUUUGACAUGGAAGGUGUUUGGAGAGAAAUGGAGAAGCUUGUCAAGGACAAUCUUGUUAGGAGCAUUGGCUACCUUCUCUGUGCCUUGAAUCUUGAAACCGGUUUUGAUGGCUGA